GUCACAGCUCUUCACAUUCUCAUCAUUCUUCGAUUUUCGACUGACCCCAUUUUCUUUCUUCGAUUAUUUCCCACAUUUCAAUUUUUAAAAGCUCUCAAGAAUCCAAAAUCAUCAUUUUAUCAGACCACGUUUUUUCUUGCCAUCCCCAAAAAAUAAUUCAAGAAUAACAGAAUGGCAACUAUGGAGAGCUUGAUUGGGUUAGUAAACAAUAUCCAAAGAGCCUGCACUGUAUUAGGUGAUCAUGGUGGUGGCAGUGAAGGCAUGUCCCUUUGGGAAGCUCUUCCUUCUGUAGCUGUUGUGGGUGGCCAGAGUUCGGGUAAAUCAUCGGUACUUGAAAGUAUUGUUGGGAGAGAUUUUCUGCCUCGUGGAUCUGGUAUUGUCACUAGGAGGCCUUUGGUAUUGCAACUUCAUAAGAUAGAAGGACAGUCCGAAUAUGCUGAAUUUCUCCAUGCACCAAAGAAGAGAUUUAAUGACUUUGCUGCUGUGCGCAAAGAGAUUGCAGAUGAGACAGACCGCAUAACAGGGAAGUCUAAACAAAUUUCUAACGUUCCAAUUCACCUCAGCGUUUAUUCUCCACAAGUUGUCGACUUAACCCUCAUAGAUCUUCCUGGGUUGACAAAGGUUGCUGUAGAGGGACAGCCAGACAGUAUUGUUCAGGAUAUUGAAAUGAUGGUUCGCUCUUAUGUUGAGAAGCCAAACUGCAUUAUAUUAGCUAUAUCUCCUGCUAAUCAAGAUAUUGCAACUUCUGAUGCCAUAAAGCUCGCAAGAGAAGUGGAUCCUACUGGGGAGAGAACAUUUGGAGUAUUGACGAAACUUGAUCUAAUGGACCAGGGGACCAAUGCCUUAGAUGUACUUGAAGGUAGAGCAUACAGGCUGGUACACCCAUGGGUCGGAAUUGUUAACCGCUCACAGGCUGAUAUUAAUAAAAAUGUUGACAUGUCGAAUGCUCGUCGGAAGGAGCAAGAAUAUUUUCAGUCCAGCCCAGAGUAUGGACACUUGGCCCAUAAGAUGGGAUCAGAGUACCUUGCGAAACUUCUGUCUAAGCAUUUGGAGACUGUCAUUCGGCAGAGAAUACCAAGUAUUAUUACUUUAAUCAAUAAGGCCAUUGAUGAGCUUAAUGCAGAGUUGGAUCGCAUUGGCAGGCCUGUAGGCGUAGAUGGUGGGGCUCAGCUUUACACAAUCUUGGAACUAUGUCGGGCAUUUGAUCGAAUAUUCAAGGAGCAUCUAGAUGGAGGGAGGCCAGGGGGAGAUAGGAUAUAUGCUGUCUUUGAUCAUCAAUUACCUGCUGCAAUGAAAAAGCUUCCCUUGGAUCGUCAUCUCUCUUUAAGUAAUGUUAAAAAAGUUAUCUGUGAAGCGGAUGGUUAUCAACCUCACUUGAUAGCUCCUGAACAAGGAUACAGAAGACUCAUUGAUGGUUCUCUUGGAUAUUUCAAGGGGCCUGCUGAGGCUUCUAUUGAUGCGGUGCACUUCGUUCUGAAAGAACUUGUGAGGAAGUCGAUUGCAGAAACCCAGGAGUUGAAACGAUUCCCAUCACUUCAAUCUGACAUUGCGGCAGCUGCCAAUGAUGCACUUGAGAGAUUUCGUGAUGAAAGUCGCAAGGCUGUAUUAAGACUGGUUGAAAUGGAGUCAACUUACUUGACAGUUGAGUUUUUCCGGAAGCUACAGAUGGAGCCAGAGAAAAACCCAAACAAUACAAAUCCCCCAAAUUCAAACUCAAAUCAAAAUGUUGAUCGGUACACAGACAACCAUUUAAGGAGAAUUGGGUCAAAUGUUAGCGCUUACGUAAACAUGGUUUGUGAGACCUUGAAGCUUACCAUUCCCAAGGCUGUGGUUUAUUGCCAAGUCCUACAGGCAAAGCGAGCACUGCUGAAUCAUUUCUAUGCUCAAAUAGGAAGGAGGGAGAAGGCGCAGCUCGGUAAAAUGCUGGAUGAAGACCCUUCACUUAUGGAAAGAAGAGAAGCUCUAAGUAGAAGGCUUGAACUUUACAAGUCAGCAAGAGAUGAAAUUGACUCGGUAGCGUGGAAGUGAAGAUCUGCAUAAUCCAAGCUGGAAAACAGAGAAACAGGGUGCAGUGUGCUUCAGGUUAUUCAUUUCAAUCAAAAAUGGAAGUGAUCUGUAUUCUUAUUCUUUUUGUCGUAUAAUCCAUGGAGGUACAUGAACUCCAGGAUAAUGGGACUUAUCUCAAGUUGGCAGCCAUGGUUUAUUUCUGCAUUC